AACAAGAAGCGACCUCCCCUCUCCGAUCCAAUUACUCCUUCCUCUUUUUCUCCUGCAACCUCCGCUCGGUUUCACGCCGGAAACUGCAUUCCACUUUUUCACGAUCAUCUCCUCCGAUUCUCGUACCCACGACCAUGAAUAACGAAUACGAUUAUCUGUUUAAGCUGUUGCUCAUUGGAGAUUCUGGUGUUGGAAAAUCGUGUCUACUUCUGAGGUUUGCUGAUGAUUCAUACCUUGAGAGUUACAUCAGCACUAUUGGCGUCGACUUUAAAAUCCGCACUGUGGAACAGGAUGGGAAAACCAUUAAACUUCAAAUUUGGGACACUGCUGGCCAAGAACGUUUCAGGACAAUUACCAGCAGCUACUAUCGUGGGGCCCAUGGAAUCAUUGUUGUUUAUGAUGUGACAGAUGAAGAGAGCUUUAACAAUGUCAAACAAUGGUUGAAUGAAAUUGACCGCUAUGCAAGCGAAAAUGUGAACAAGCUUUUAGUUGGGAACAAGUGUGAUCUCACAUCAAACAAAGUUGUGUCUUACGAGACAGCUAAGGCAUUUGCAGAUGAAAUUGGGAUCCCUUUCAUGGAAACAAGUGCUAAGAGUGCCACUAAUGUUGAAGAAGCUUUCAUGGCCAUGGCUGCUGCAAUCAAGAACAGAAUGGCAAGCCAACCAGCCGCGAACAAUGGAAGGCCUCCAACAGUGCAGAUUCGAGGACAGCCUGUGAACCAGAAGUCUGGUUGCUGUUCUUCUUAAAUGGAUUCAAUUUUAGCUUUCUCAUCAUGUUUUUUCAUGUUCUUUAACUCAUGUAAAACUAGUUCCAUUUAAUGCUUCAAUAUGAAGAAUUAUUCAUCUUGAUUUACUUUUCUCGAUAGUGAAAUAUUUUAUUAAACUUACAUUGUUUUAAUUGAAUUUGAAUUUUUUUUUUUUAAAUCCCCACCGUGUAAGGAUAUUAAUGAAUAGAAUUAUUUGCA